UUACAAGUUUCCACGGUCCAGAAAGGAAGAGCAAUUCUCCGACUUCCUCGAAAGGAAAAGGAAAAAAGAAAGAAAAUCUAAUGUACAAUAAUAUACAAGAGAGCAGAUCCCUCCUCCUCUUCCUCCUCCUCCUCCUCCUCGAGCGGCCCCCAUAUUCCUACAACAUCUUUCUCGGCAAGGAAAAGAUCCCGGAGAACGCUUCCACUUUCCGUAGGAAGGGAAUCGUUCUCAUCGAGAUCCUAUCCGCACCGACCUUAAUUCUUACAAGACAAGAACACUUUUGCAAGCAGGAAAAGAUCACUCGCCUUCGGUCGCCCAUCGUAAUCGUACAGAAUCCCCCCAAAAAAGAAAAGAAACGCCAUCGCUCCAUCAUUCGGCCAAUAUCGCUAUAACUGUUCCUUCCGGAAUGCUUCGUGGAGACACCUAGCUGCAAGAGCAACAGCUGUCUCUCCCUGGGUGGGCCAUCGUAAUAAAACAA